AUGGUGCGUGACUAUCUGGCAAUUCAAAGUACAAGCGUACCUUGCGAAGAAGCUUUCUCUACUGCAGCAGGAACACUCACCAAGAUUCAUAACUGUCUUGACUCUCAGACUGUGCAUGUAUUACUCUGUCUAAAAAAUUGGAUAGAACAAG